AUGAUACAUAUCCCAACUACACAGAGGGAAUCCCAACUACACAGAGGGAAUCCAAACUACACAGGGGGAAUCCCAACUACACAGGGGGAAUCCCAACUACUCAAGGGAAUACCGACUACACAGAGGGAAUCCCAACUACACAGAGGGAAUCCAAACUACACAGGGGGAAUCCCAACUACACAGAGGGAAUCCCAACUACACAGGGGGAAUCCCAACUACACAAAGGGAAUCCCAACUACUCAAGGGAAUACCGACUACACAGAGGGAAUCCCAACUACACAGAGGGAAUCCAAACUACACAGGGGGAAUCCCAACUACACAGAGGGAAUCCCAACUACACAGGGGGAAUCCCAACUUCACAGGGAGGAUACCGGCUACACAGGGGGAAUCCCAACUAAACAGAGGGAAUACCGGCUACACAGAGGGAAUCCCAACUACACAGGGGGAAUCCCAACUACACAGAGGGAAUCCAAACUACACAGAGGGAAUCCAAACUACACAGGGGGAAACCCAACUACACAGGGGGAAUCCCAACUACACAGAGGGAAUCCCAACUACACAGGGAGGAUAUCGGCUACACAGGGGGAAUCCCAACUACACAGAGGGAAUACCGGCUACACAGAGGGAAUCCCAACUACACAGAGGGAAUCCCAACUACACAGAGGGAAUCCCAACUACACAGGGGGAAUCCCAACUACACAGGGGGAAUCCCAACUACACAGAGGGAAUCCCAACUACCCAACUACACAGGGGGAAUCCCAACUACACAGAGGGAAUCCCAACUACACAGAGGGAAUCCCAACUACACAGGGGGAAUCCCAACUACACAGGGGGAAUCCCAACUACACAGAGGGAAUCCCAACUACACAGGGGGAAUCCCAACUACACAGGGGGAAUCCCAACUACACAGGGGGAAUCCCAACUACACAGAGGGAAUCUCAACUACACAGAGGGAAUCCCAACUACACAGAGGGAAUCCCAACUACACAGGGGGAAUCCCAACUACACAGAGGGAAUCCCAACUACACAGGGGGAAUCCCAACUACACAGGGGGAAUCCCAACUACACAGGGGGAAUCCCAACUACACAGGGGGAAUCCCAACUACACAGGGGGAAUCCCAACUACACAGAGGGAAUCCCAACUACACAGAGGGAAUCCCAACUACACAGGGGGAAUCCCAACUACACAGAGGGAAUCCCAACUACACAGGGGGAAUCCCAACUACACAGGGGGAAUCCCAACUACACAGAGGGAAUCCCAACUACACAGGGGGAAUCCCAACUACACAGGGGGAAUCCAAACUACACAGGGGGAAUCCCAACUACACAGAGGGAAUCCCAACUACACAGGGGGAAUCCCAACUACACAGGGGGAAUCCCAACUACACAGGGGGAAUCCCAAAUACACAGAGGGAAUCCCAACUACACAGAGGGAAUCCCAACUACACAGGGGGAAUCCCAACUACACAGAGGGAAUCCCAACUACACAGGGGGAAUCCCAACUACACAGGGGGAAUCCCAACUACACAGGGGGAAUCCCAACUACACAGAGGGAAUCCCAACUACACAGGGAAAUCCCAACUACUCAAAGGAUAUACCGGCUACACAGAGGGAAUCCAAACUACUCCGGGAAAUACCGGCCACUCACGGGAAUCCCAAAUACUCAGUGGAAUACCGGCGACUUAG